AAAUCGAUUAUUUACGGUGAUUUAUUCAAUUGCUGACACAGAGYUCACUUCGCACAAGAGCASCAGCCAAAAAAUCUCCAAAUCCACGAAAAGAUGUGAUAAAAUCAUCCACCGCCUACAUCAAGAAAACCUUUGAUAUUGUGUCUGUCACUCAACUGAUUGCCUGGCUGAAGAAGAGUAGCCUUGGCUCUUCGUCGGGUGGGAUGAUGGUCAGACGAUUUUCCUUGGCCUUUCAGUGCAUGUUCUUUGUUUCUGCGAUGGUUGUUUCAUAUGGUACUUUAGUCACUAAUGCUCCGAAAACUGUGUACAUAGCAUCGACGACUGGUCAGAUCGACAAAUCAUUUCAUGAAGCUUUGAAUUCCGCCAUUAACUACAUCAACAAAGUGUCAAAUCUCCUACCAGAAACAAACGUUAAGCUUCUUAUUAAUGCAAAUCAGACCUCAGUUCAAGAGAACCUACUUGAGUAUGUGCAAUCAAUAUCUCAUCAUGACGUCAUUGCCCUUCUGGUUGAGUCACGAACUAUUCCUCCCCAUGAUGUCCUCAGUAGAAUGCUUCAUAUUCCAUUGGUCACAAUGCAUGAGUCACAUGACCAGUAUUCAACCAAUAGAGGUCUUCCGAAAUACAACGUGUGCCUGGGAACAAGCGGAUAUGAGAUAGGRCAGGCCAUGAGGGAUGUAAUAAAGCAGCAGAAAUGGARUGACAUAAUUGUAAUCUAUGAUAUACGAUGGCGCAAUCAAGCAAAUUCUUUUAUAUCUCUUCUUCCAACAAAUAGUUCUUUUAGUAAAUUGACUUUAGAGGUAGAAAACGAAAACACAAUAUGUGGAGAUACCAAGAGACAGUUGCAGAAUCUUCAUAAUGCCCCUGUAGAAGCAGUGGUCUUGUUCUUUGAUUUUAAACUUGCUGUAGAUGUUAUAGAUCAGGUCCACUGCGCAUGUUCUUAUAAAAUAGAGAAACCGCAUGCUUGGYUGAUUGCAGACAUGUUGACGUCACUCACUUUUCCAGCCCAAUCCUCCCAAGUCGUGAUAGGGUUCAUGCCUAAAAUAGAAUCUAAUAAUUUCACCCAGCAYCUUGGAAAAGAUAUCAAUGUCAACAUGAAAUCAUUCUAUAAUUCUUCCUUAUUCGCGUUUGACGCCACAUUAGUCACUGCCCAUGCGCUGCAGAAUGUCAUCAGUAAAGGACUAUGGGUAAAUAGGAACAAAACAACGAGUAUCAMASUUUCAGCGAAUGGACCACGCAUCUAUCAAGAAAUGAAAAAGGCAAACAUCAACAGCACAACUGGGCGUAUUACACUUGGAGACGACUCAAGUAGACGAGGCAUGAAGUUUGAUGUCCUUAAUUUGCAGCAUAACCGCUUUGUCAAGGUGGGCCGAUGGGAUUCAACCAAGAGGUUAAGGUUGUCUCAGAAGAUAGUCCAAAAUAAACCGACAGCCGGUGUAGUCCCUCUAGACAAAUUAAGCAGAAGGCUUCAAGUCGUCGUUGUUAUUGAUCCCCCCUUUGUGAUUCGWAGCAAGGAUGGAAAGCUCCAGGGGUUCAGUAUAGACUUGAUACACAUGAUUGCAAAAAAGCUGAAAUUCCGAUAUGAUUUAUACUUGAGUCCUGAUGGUCUAUAUGGUGGGAAAAAUCCUGAUGGAAGYUACAAUGGGAUUGURGGACAGCUUUCGAAAGGGCUUGCAGACAUGUCAACAUCUCCACUGACGAUCACCUCUGAGCGUCUACCAAUUCUAGAGUUCAGUAAGCCCUUUAUGCAGUUUACAAUGAGCCUCAUUACCAAGAAACUUGACUYAGACAGUCAAGACCUGAUGGCGUUUAUGCUGCCGUAUUCCUCCACUGUGUGGUUUUUGACUCUAGCUUCACUAGUCGUGGUCACAGCUUUAAUGUACGUAGUUAACUACAUCAGUCCUUAUGGAUUUAAGAAGUCAAAGAGAUCAAAGAACAACGAGGCUUUUAAYUUGUUCAAUAGUCUGUGGUUCUGUCUUGCUUCAAUGUUACAGCAAGGCGCUGACAAUACUCCAAGAUCUUUAUCGGGUCGUGCCUUGGCAGGUUGCUUUUGGUUUUUUAUCCUUAUCUGGAUUUCUACGUACACKGCAAACCUGGCUGCGUUUUUCACUGUACGRAACGCAAGCAAAGCCGUAAGCACUCUWGAAGAAGUAGUUGAAGGAGAUUUUUCAUUCUAUAUCAUUCGAGAUACUUCUCUUCAUCAUUUCUUUCGUGCGGCAAGCUAUCAGACGUACCGUAAACUAUAUCAGCGCGUUACCGCACAGCAAACGUUUGUGAAUUCGACCACUGAUGGCUAUAGCAUUGCAAGGAAGAUCAAGAAUGCAGUUUUCAUGGCGGAGAAGCCGUCAACUGAGUAUGUUAUCAUGCAGGAGCCMUGUGAUCUCACAGCAGCAAGUGGUCUACUUGGUGCGAGUAGUUACGGAAUUGCCAUGCCAAAGUAUUAUCCCUACGCACGUAACGUAUCCGUAGCAGUACUACAACUACACGAAAAUGGAGAAUUGGAUUCCCUGUGGCGUAAAUGGUGGGAUAAUCGUAGUCAGUGUCCAAAAGAACAGUCACGAUCAGCUAUUGGAACUGGCAAGCAAAUAGAAUUGGAUAACAUGGUUGGUGUGUACAUGGUGCUUGCAACUGGYGGCAUUUCCUCCAUUGUACUUGUACUGGGCGAGAUAUUCUGGAACAAACAUGGCCGUUAUGUUAAAAAUUUAUUCAAAAAUGAGUUUGGUUCAUUCGGGUUGGCAAAUCAUCAAUCUUCUCAGCCAGACUCUUCCAAUAUCCCUGUAUUGCGAGUUGAAUCAAGAACAACGGUCUUAUAGAUCGCUAAAGUUCACGUCUUCAUUACUAUGUGCCUAUAUGGACCACUAAGGACCUUGAUGGACCAAGCAGGAUCUCAACAUUCAAGCAAAAAACCUAUUAUGUUUAAAUGCCUUCUUCUGUGGCUUACGUGAAUAUUUGAAAUAAGUAUACCUUGUAUCAAGGUAGCACUGUGAACUGCACUAACAUGUGCUCRCUUCCAAAUAAUAUUCCACAUAAUUAGCAAGUGCAUGUGAUUUAUAUGUAACAAUAGCAUCAGUGCGUGUUAGGACAGGCAUUGUAAAACUGAAGGUGAAACUGUGCUUCAAGCAUCCCCUGCACUAAGAGAAAAUACACGGCCGAGCACGUUGUCUGUUUGUGCUUGUUUCGGAUAAAGAGCUACAUUUUCCAGAGGUUGCCCGCUUAUGGUAGACUCUAAAAUUUAUUGACUAUCAAAACUUGCUCUUGAGUAGAAUUCUCAGUCUUGUUCUUUGCAAUUUUUACCGGACAAAAUGGCGGAAAGUAAAAUUUGCCUAUCGGCGAGCAAGCUCUAACAGAGAGCCUUUCUAUUAGGUGUGACUGAUUAGACAAUUAUGUCACUUUCUAAAACUCAUGAAUUAUUCAUUAGACAUUCUUCCAAUGAGCAUUCAACUAUGGGUCACAUGACAGGAUCUAUAACUCAAGUUAAAAACACUGAUUAAUUAAACAUGAGUUUUAUAACUAACUGAUUCAGUUAGUUAUAACACUCAUGCAUAAAACAUCAGUGAUGUAACUGAUUUACAGACACUCGAUGUGUGCCAAACACUAGAAAAGUUCUCAGUUUUAGACUUUCAUCAUAGAACGUCACUAGGCCUCGAGUUGAAAUUACUUAUUUGCAGAGUCACAGUACACAUAGUGGCGCUUGGAUUUGGAAAACCAAGUUGAUUACUGCUCAUGCUCAGAUGGAGAUAUCUUCAUCAAUUAUUCAUU